UUGGGAGGGCGCUGGAGUGGGAGACCAGGAUAAAGGCACAGCUGCUGGCUUUGGUCACGGUCGCGGCGAGCUCCCAGCCGCGGAGCCUUUCCUGGCUUUGGAGUAACCAGCUGCUCAGCUGAAUGAUACACGGAAGAGCGGAGAGGAAACAUCUCCGCCCCGGCCUCCAGCGCGCAGAGCGCAGCAGAACCGGCCGCCUGGACCAUGAGCGCCCAGCAUUUCUGGGACCAGUUGCGGGCAGGCAGCUCGGAGGUGGACUGGUGCGAGGAUAACUACACCAUCGUGCCGGCCAUCGCCGAGUUCUACAACACGAUCAGCAAUGUCUUGUUUUUUAUUUUGCCGCCCAUCUGCAUGUGCUUAUUCCGUCAAUAUGCAGCAUGCUUCAACAGUGGCAUAUAUUUAAUAUGGACACUACUUGUUGUUGUUGGAAUUGGAUCAGUUUAUUUCCAUGCAACACUGAGUUUCCUGGGUCAGAUGCUUGAUGAACUUGCUAUUCUCUGGGUAUUGAUGUGUGCACUGGCCAUGUGGUUCCCCAGAAGGUACUUACCAAAGGUCUUUAGAAAUGACAGGGGUAGGUUCAAAGCUGUGGUUUGUGUGCUGUCUGGAGUCACCACUUGUCUUGCAUUUGUGAAACCGGCCAUCAAUAAUAUCUCUCUGAUGACCCUGGGCAUUCCCUGUACAGCACUGCUCAUUGCAGAACUGAAAAGGUGCGACAACGUACGGGUAUAUAAAUUAGGCCUUUUCUCAGGUCUUUGGUGGACCCUAGCUCUCUUCUGUUGGAUCAGUGACAGGGCCUUUUGUGAGCUCUGGUCUUCCUUCAACUUCCCCUAUCUGCAUUGUGUGUGGCACAUCCUCAUUUGUUUGGCUGCCUACCUGGGUUGCGUCUGCUUUGCAUACUUUGAUGCUGCUUCAGAGAUCCCAGAGCAAGGUCCUGUCAUCAAAUUCUGGCCCAGUGAAAAAUGGGCCUUUAUAGGAGUUCCCUAUGUUUCCCUCCUGUGUGCCAACAAGAAAUCUCCGGUCAAGAUCACAUGAUGUAAAGUUCAGCAGCUUUGGAUUUUUUCUAUUUAUUUUUCCUCACUUAACUGUGCUUAGUUAAUGAUCAUGACAGCUAGGGAGACUUGAGCCUCUUUGUAUUUGUUUGGGUUUUUUCACUCCUAUAUGGUUGAAACUCAAAAGGAUUCGACUGUAUAUAGUAAGAAAUGCAUUUUUUUUUUCCUUUAAGAAAUGCUUUUAUCCCCCCCUUUCUCUCAAAAAGGAGGAAGGUUGCGUUUUGGUGUGGGGUUGUGUUUUUUUUUUAAGCCUGAAAAUGCUGACAACUAGAAUUUAGGUUGGUUCUGAUUUUAGCUUUUUCAGGCUUUAUUUUUAGAUGCCCACUGUUCUUACUACUGGCUCGUGAAUCUUAAAACACUGUGAUAGUAGCAUGUCUUGUUAGACCAAAGCAAAAGACUAGCAACUCUUGGGAUGGAAUGUUUGUUAAAUGCAGACCUUCCUUCCCUUCUCUGUCCCACCCAUUCAUUAUUUUUUUCAGAAUUCUUAUGGUUGGAAUCGACAAACAAAUGUACCCUUGGACUAAACCUCUAUUUUUAUUCCAGAGAUUUUCACGGGAGGAAACCUGUCUAGGAAGAGUCAUAUAAAAACCUUGUAGGAAAUUAAUUUUUAAUCAUAUUUUACACAACUUAGAUUUUAAGUAAAGUUAGAAAUAUUUUUUAUUAUUUAUGCUGAAAGUCAUAGAUUUUAAUCACAAAUCUCACAAAACCUAGGUUUUAAGUAAAAUUAGAAGUAAUUUUUAUAAUUUGUGCUAAAAGUCCUAGAUUCAUCUUCUAUAUUUGGUCAAACUUAAUGGGGAAAAAGUUAUCAUCAUCCAACUAUUCUUUAAAAUGAGCUCAACUUCUUUCAUAUCCCUUUUUUCUCUUUUGAUCCCUUUCCCCUAGCUCAUAAUACACAAACAAGCUAUAGAAUCAUAGAGCAGUAGAAAAACAAAGGGAAUAGAUUUAUAAAAUGUUAGUGUUGGAAGGCAUCUUAGCUGGAUGGUUGUAGUGGAAAGGAUCCCAGAAGUGGGGUCAAAAGACCUGGAUUUGAAUUUUAGUUUUCCUAGUUUUAUUAACUAUUUGACCCUAAGUAAGUCACUAAUCUCUCUGACUCUUAGUUUUCUCCUCUAGGAAGCAAGGAGGGUAGUUCUAAGUAAGGCUCAUUCUGAUUUGAAAUCUUAGGCUCCUAUUACUCAAAUUUUUUCAUGUCCUAGAGAGGAAUGAUAGAUAUGUACACCAUACAAUGUUAGUACAAUAGUUCCACUAAUAUCUCUGGCUCUCAGCUUUCUCUUCUAUAAAAUAACGAGAGUAGUUCUAGGUAAGGUCACUUUGAUUUGAAAUCUUAGGAGCCUGUAGGAUCAUUUAUUCCAAUUUCUUCAUCUUAUAAAUAGGAAUAAUAAAUAUACCAUACAACGUAGUACAACCACCUACUAUAUGCUAUGCUGUCAACAGCCCAGCAAUAUAACUGGUGGCAGUUUUACCCUCCUUUCUUGCAGGGAUGGUAGGAUUUGACUGACAUUAAACCUGAUAAGCUAAACUCUGAUGAUUUUUAUAUUGGGAUAAUCUCUUAAGUGAAGCUUAGAGUAACCUGAAGUGCUCAGAAAUAUCCUGCAACACCUUGGAAAGUCACUUUUCAGGAUCAUCUUUAAUUCUUCUCCCUAACCCCUAAGUAGGGCAAUUGAAUUUGAAAGAAUCUUAAUUGAACAGUUGUAGUGAAAAGAAUAUCAAAGAUGAGGUUGAAAGUCCUGGUUUUGGAUUUCAGUUGUCUCAUUUUUAUGAGCCAUCUGAUCCCGGAUAAGCUACUAAUCUCUCUGGUUUUCUCUUUCCUUCUCUGCAAAAGAGGAUAAUGUUUUUUGUUUUCAAGUGUAUUCUGGAUUCUAACAAUCUACAAGACUUUCCCUUAUGUUCCCAUGUAACACAGUUGCUGCUUCCCUUUCUACAACACUAACUAGCUAGCAAUAAUAGAUGUUUCACCAAGGCAUCCUUUAGACGUGUUCAAAAGUGUCACUAACAUGGCUUGCUCUUUCUGUAUUCCAAAUAUGCUUCUUUUUGAGUUUUGCAAUUCCACAAAGACCCCCAAGAACUCAGUUGCUCCUGUUCUUUGUUGGAAUAAAUCAGGAACCAGCAAAUGUCCACAAAUAUCUCCUAAGUUCAAAUCUGGCCUCAGACACUUAGAUGUGUGACCCUAGGCAAGUCACUUAACCCUAUUUACCUCAAUUUCCUCAUCUGUAAAAUGAUAAACCAUUUCAGUAUUUCUGCCAAGAAAACCUCCAGUGGGGUCACAAGGACUCAGACACGACUGAACAAUGACAACAACAAAUAUCUGCAAGGUUUGUGGCACUGGUUGCCAACCUCAGGGAUAAUUUUUUUUUUCAUUUCACUGGAGUGUUUCUUACCUUGUUCAUGGCAUUCCACUGUUGGGAGUGGGGAGAGUAGGGGAGGAGGAUUGUUGUGUAUCUUUAUAAGAUCAGAAAAUACUUUGUGUUGUCAUGACAGACAAUUAAAUCCCAGAGAACUAACUAAGUCAUGGCAUUUACUCAUCAAGGCUAGUUGACAUUAUUCUUAAAAUUCAUGCAGGAUCCAAAGUUGAAGCCCUCACAAGGUUUUAGGAGAUUAAAAAGUUCUUAAAUGGCAAAUAGAGUCCAUUGCCAAAUAUAUAUUUUAUGAAGCUACUCUAAGAGACAAUUUGGAAUUUUCUGUCACACACUGGCUUCCGGUUGACUUUCUAUAUCUAGCUGCUGACACACUUCAGGCCAAAGUCAGAAAUUCCUUGAACGGGAGCUUUCAAAAGUUUUUUAUUUGAUUGUUUUAUUUGUUUCACAUCUAACCAUUCUUUACAAUAGAAACAACUAGAGCUCUCCAAGGUAUAGGAAGUAUUUUCAUUUUUCACAACUUAAGCUGAUAACUCUAAGAAUGUUCUCAUGGGCAUAAAUGCUGCCUAUGAAAUGUCUCUGGACUAUAAAAAAGGAAAGGCUCCAUGACUUAAGAUGGAUGGUAAAGGGUUUGGGGAAAGAAUGUUUCUGAAACUGUUGCUUGAGGGCUCUAUGUUUAGGCUUCCCCACCCCCACCACACCAAGACUAAAUGUGUUGCUGUCCUUACUUGGUAUUCAGUGAGAAUUUUCAGAACCCCCUUUGGGCAGAGAGGUAGGGGGGUGGAAAGAAGAACAAACGAGUUGGUACUGGGAGGCUAACAGGUGAUUGAAUAUUUCAGGAGUUAAGUGGGGGGGGUUGAAAAUUAUGAUGCUAGCUCUAGGAUCCUCUUUUCCCCUCUCUUUAUACAAGGCAAGUCGAUUGUAUUGGGUCUAUUAAAAUUUCUGUGCUUUGUUACAAGCAGCAAGCCAUUGUGGAUGGUGACUUGUUAAAGAGAUCCAGAACAGAAUCGAGGUCCAUGGUCUCAUGGUUAUAGGUACUUUCUUCAUCCAUUAAUGAUCAUAUCCCAUCACUAAGUUUCAUGCUUUUUCAUUCCAUGUGACUCUUGUUGGUAUCCUUCCAUAUAUGUAUAAGAGGAUCUAUUAUGGCCUUUUUCUGGUUCUUUAAUAUCUCACAAAUGCCUGUGUCAGUGCUUGGGCCUGCCUUUACUCACAAUACAUGACCAGCACACAUCACUUUCUUUGUCAUGUAGAUCUCUAAUGAUAUUAGUUCAUAGAUUUAGAGCUGGAAGGGAUAUCACAAGUCAAACUUACCAGUCUUUAUGUCAUCACCUCUUAUUUAUCUGUUUAUUCAUACUUAGUAGUUCAUUCUUUGCUAUAUAGGAAACAAAUAGGUAUAAAAUUAUUUUUUUUGGUAGCUUUUGAAUUGCACUGUGUUUAUCUAAGCUCCCUAGGUUUUAAGAUUUAUUGUUGAAUUUUCCUUUUAAAACAUGAUUAGUAUGAACUGGAUCUACAAAGCAAAUAUAGCUUAGACUUAUUCUUCUGACUCCAUUGGAUAUAACAGCUAAUGAACCCAUUAGAAUCAUGUCUUUGAGAUUUUCUCUGACAUUUUAAUCAAAUGAUGUGCAACCACAAAUAUAUUUUUACAUGGGAAGGUGAAGAUCGUAAUAUUCAAGAACUGGGCUGUAACAAUACUUUUUGACACAACUAGUGAAUAAUUUCAGUCAGAAUUUGUACAGAAUCCAAUGUAGAUGGUCCAACAAGUAUUGGGAUUUGAAAUGUGAAAAGUAUUGAGUGUUCUGUUUUUAAAAUGGGUCAGGUACCCUAGUAGAUUUGUGUGUGUGUGAUUUUUUAAAAUAACUUUAAAUGUUGAAUUUAGAACUGGAAAUUAGUCCUUAUCCUUUAUAUUGAGACAUUCUAAAAGAAGAAAAAAGUUCUGUGGUGACUGGAGCUUUAUGAAAUGACUGAUAGUGAUGAGUAUCACAGUGUUCACAGUUAAGGAUAAACUAAAAUUUCUAUGAUGGUUGAGACAGUUUUGUACCUUAGGGUUAGGAAAAAUUUUCUUCUUCUGAGGUAAGCUAACGUAGAAAUUCUUAUCAUAUGCAAGAUCAAAAAAAAUUUCUUUGUAACUUAGUGACCCAUUUGCCUUGUCCAUCAUGAAAGUCCUUCACUCCUCUUACAUGUUACUAAAUACUUGCUUUAUUAUGUUUUUCAGAUAUUUCCUAUUUUUCUCUCAUUGCAGCAGCAUGCCCAAAGCAUCUAGAAUACAGAACAUUAUAUAAGAGACCUUAGGGAAUAAUUUUCCCCUUCUUUUUCCAGAGGAGAGAGAAAAAUUUGUCUCCAAGGUCAGAUGGCAAAUUAGUGGGAGAUUUUGGAUUAGAAUCUAGGUCUUUUUCUCCCAGUCUUCUGCCAUUUUUAUUGCUUUUUCAAACCUUGGUGCCAGGGGCUCUGAUUUUACAGAUUCUUUUUUGACUGUGCCCAGUCAUGAAAUAAAACAGUCAUAUAAUAAUUAGGUUUAUACACUUAUUGUACCUAUGGGGCUGGUGAGGACUAAGACUUAUUUUGGCAAAACCACUCAGAAUAUGUUAUUUCCAAAACAAAGUUUGAAUCUUUCAACACAAGGGCUUUAUCUGGGUGCUAACAAAUCCAAUUGAUAAGCUAUAAAAACCAGCUGAAUUAUCUUUUUAUAAAUGUUUCCUACAGACUUUCAUUAAUCUCUCACUGUUUGAGCAAUUUCUCUUUCAUAUAUUUGCUAAACCAGUCUUUCAUAUUUUUGUAUUUAUAGUAUAUAAUCAAAGAGACCAUGUUAUUCUUAGAUUUAUAAGUAGUUCUUUUGUUAGUGUCCUGUGGAAGGGGAAGUGUGUCUACUGUGGUGACAAACAUUCUCCCUCACUUUGGGGGGGAAGAGUCAUACUUUUUACAGUCUAGCUGUUGCACUUUAUACUUUGAAUUUUAUAACUGUCUUUUAAUAUAAAAGUCACAAAUGGUAUUUUCUGUGUCUGACUGAAUAUAUGUGUGCCUCUAUGGUUCCAUCACAACUUCUGUAAUACCUGUAGCAACAAUGAAUUUAGUGAAUUAUGGCACAAUA